CCACCUUCUAUUCCGCCUAUUGUAACUCCACCUCUCCUCCACUUUGUUUCCAUCUCCUCUUCUUCUCUGUGCUGAUAUUUCCUCGUCUCUUUCUUUGUCCCUGUUCUACGACGGAGGUGUGGAGUGGAUGGAAGGUGGCUUGUUGCCUUCUGAUCUCUAUCAGCUUUACCAGCAGCAACAGCAGCAGAUGAUGAUGAGCUGGUUUUCUUCUCCUCCACCGCCGACGGCGGUUACUCCGCCUUCCUAUUCACCUGCUAAUCUCCCUCACUCCAUGGAUCAAUCCUUGACUAACCUGUUGGAGAAACAGAGGAACGAGACGGAUCAGUACCUUCGCCUCCAGAGCAACCAGUUCAGAGCCACGCUUUACCAGCAGAGGAAGCAGCACAUGGCCUCGCUACUCCUGAGGCUGGAGUCGAAGGCUUCCCUCCUUCUGGGCCAGAAAGAAAGCGAAUUGAUGAAUGCCCGGAAGCGUAUAAUGGAAGUGGAGGCACGUCUCAGGAGAGUAGAGGAGGAGAGAGAGACGUGGCAGAGGAUCGCCAGGGAGAACGAGGCUAUGGCCGUGUCUCUGAACCGUAGUCUAGAGAAAGUCCGCGAGCCCUGCCUCUCCUCCACCGGCGCCUCCUCGCCGGAUGCGGACACCUCCGCGUCGUGCUCCGGCCACCCAUUAGCGCUGAAGGAACCGAGGGAGGGGAUGAGGAUGGGUCUGUGCAAGUCCUGCGGGUCUCGUUAUUCGCGAGUGCUGCUGCUCCCCUGCAGGCACCUGUGCGCGUGCGAGCUCUGCGACGCCGUCCUCGACUCCUGCCCCUUCUGUGGAUCCGUAAAGGAAGGCAGCAUUGAGGUCUUCUUGGUCUGAGCGAAAAAAGAAAACUAGAGGAAACUUGAACGCAUACAUAAAAAGAGUCAUUUGAAUAGAGAGGGACUGUGUGGAUUAAACGAUGACAAAAUUUUGGUGACAUCAAUGGUUUCUUCUGGGACUCUUUUCAUAAAUCAAGAGUGAAGAAAAGGCUGGUCAAUGGAUCUGUGCUUCUUUUUAUGUUAAUUUUGGAUGUUUUUUUUUUUAAUGUAAAAGGGAAAAAAAAAAAAAAAAA